AUGGAGAAUGGUCUUACUCUUGCACCCGGCUUCGCUCACUUGACAACUUACCACAAGAUUUUAGAAACCUUUCUUCCGCAUCCAUAUAGUCUAUGCACAUCCAAAGUAACUGAAGACUUACGUGCUCUCUACAGGGCAACGUACGGUGACGGCAACAUAUCGGAAACGAUUGUCUAUUCCGAGGCAGCUUGUAACGAAUUGUGCGAGCAGGCCUACAUCUUUUCACAAUGCUCGUGCAUUCUACCGAUCCCAUUCUUCGCACGCAAUGUUUUCAAACUCGAUGGAAGUCGCACAUCUGCGCGUACGUGCAGCCCGAUAACAAACGAAUUUGCACGUGCACUUGUUGCUAAGAAGCAACUAGCAGACAGCGAUGAAUUGCAAACCCUGUGGUGUGCUCACUGUACUUCGCAAUGUCAAUACACCCAUUUCAACAUGGACGUCAGCGCACAACAGGCACCAUCCAAUGCGGUGAAGGCAACUUGGGCUACGGCACUUUUCAAUGCGAACAAUACGACGUCGUUUCUGGCACCGCCGGAUUUUGUUCAACGUUAUGAUUAUUAUAUGGAUCAGAAUUAUUUCAGAGUAGAAAUUGCAUGUGGAAGCAAAUAUGUUAUGGAAUACAAACAGGAAGCGAAAGUGUCAUGGAUCGAUGUCUUUGCUUCCAUUGGUGGACAGACUGGCUUAUGGAUUGGUUUGAGUGUGCUGAGUAUGAUCGAGUUGGGCGAACUUCUCUUCCGACUCUUAUGGAAACACAUCGUACAUUGCAAGAGUCAACGAAAAACUCGUACUACACCUGUCGUUCAGUUUAACAAUCAGAAAGCGCCAGAAACAAUUGUUCAUACAAUAGAAUGA